AUGCCUAACGCUCCUUCCUCGUCCAGCGCCCCUUCCUUCCGUUCGACCCCUUGGUUCCCGCGGAACUACCAAGCCCUGCCUGCCAACCCAGCGAUGCGCGAUAGCGGCUGGAAGCUCUACGUCGCGCACAGAGCCGUGCGCACUGUAGCAGCGCUGGGGAACGGUAAUUACGCUAUCUCCCCGAACGCGGAGUUCAUCCCUUCUCCUCCUCCAAGCCAACAGGAGCGCGAAGAGAUCUACUCGGACGGGCGCAGAGGCUCCUUUGAGCCCGGCUACCACCCUCAAUUCUGGAACCGUUCGAACGGGCAUCUCCCGUUCAUCCACGAAGUUCCCGAGAGCGAGGAGGGGGUGGACCCAGCGUAUAUCAUGAUGGAUUGCGAAAGGGACGGAAGGUACGCGGAGCUCCAGAGAGCGGAGGCGUUCUUCUCGGUGGACCGCGAGCGUCCCAUGUCACUUUACCUUCGGCCAGUCGCGGUGCAGGACUCCCUGUAUCGUUUCAAAAACGUAGAAGCCUCCCUGCAGUCGUUACGGAACGACACGGCCGUCAUCCAACGCCACCUUCUGGAGCUACGAGCGUACUCGUACCGCUCUUACCUCCAGGUCGCUUACGACCAGGGUCGACUCUGGACGCCGUGCCCGGACCAAGCAGGGGUGGGGUGUUGGCUCAAAGACAAAGACGACGAGUUACUCAAGAAACUCGUAUGGUUCGGAGUACCGGUCUGGUACAUCCGUCAGGCCGAUUCCCCUCCUCCUCACCCUCUAUCCCCGGUGCUAGCCCUCAACACUCGGCUGUCGGACGAACCAUGGAUAGAGGAGGACCAUGGGAUCCCCAUCGAGGUGGGCAAGCGAACGAGGAAGCGACUGCGGGCUAUCGCCGCGGCUUUGGACGAUGACUCGGAUGACUCAGACCCCGAGUUCACCAAGUUUCGUCGUCCUCCGCCAGCAAAGGAGACCCCAGAUCACCAGGACCUGCAGCGACGACGAGGGGUGGAACAAUCGUCCGGCUCCAGACCCCGUUUCUCCUCCAUCAUCACCAAGGCCGACAACCCCGCCUCGCCGAGCGGAUUCUCCUAUGCGCGUCUCGACUCCCCCUCCGCCUCCGCGCCCAAUCACCCCAGCGCGCGACGAACCAAUGGUUACGUCUCCGGCGGCCUCCCACCGGCUGGACAAAGGGAAGCAGCGAGCGCGAUCCCCGCCUCGACGUGUCCCUUCGCCCCCAGCUCGUCGGCCGAGCCCGUCCCCGAUACGACGAGUCGUCUAUCCGGAUCCCCCCAGUCGCGGCCGUUCCCCAGUACAAACUCGACCCCUUCCGAGACGGGUAUCCCGGCCCCCUUCUCCUCGAAACAUGAGGCCUCGAGAACGCUCCCCGGAUCGACGACGCUCCUCACCACGUCCGCGCCGUUCUCCCGCUCGUUACGAGCCACGUCUCCUGCGUCGCUCGGCCUCCCCCAGCCGGAGGAGUCACCACCAAGCGCGACCGCUGGACCACGAGGAGAGUCAUCUCCGUUCGUUGAUUCGAGCCAGGAACCACAGCCCCGCCCCCUUCCCCCCCCCCUCCUUGCGACAAACGCGAUCCCGCUGGAGCGUCGACUGGGCCCUGCCCCGUCGGCUUCUAAUACCAAGUCGCUGGUGGAGCGGGUACAACCCGCCAGUCUCUUGUCUCGUCUCAACACUCCGCAACAACCUGCCGCCAGUUCUAGCGUGAGAGAUGGCCGGGGGGCGGCUAAGUCCUCCUUACUCGAACGGUUGAAACUACCACUGGAGAGCCGGCUGUCCGAUGCGUCCCCUUCCGGCUCCUCCUCCGAUAGCCCGCCGGCUCCGAGCCCGAGCGAGCUACGCGACGUUAAGCUGGCCUCCGGAAUCACGCUGCGCACGAGACUGGCCAUCUUCACCGCUGCCGAAGCGGAAGCCUACUUGCACCACCCUUUCGAGCGCGACGGGAGUGAGCCCGCUUUCAGACGGACCUGGGAAACGGAGCUUGGUCCAGCCCCGAUGUUUCCCCCGGAAACCCAGCUCCCCAUCCCUUCUCCCUCGCACCUCCUCGCAGAGGGCGAUGAAGGCUACCUGGCCACUCUCAUUUGGCUCAAGAUGUGCAACGACUGCGUCGAGACAUUGAGGAAGGAGCCCAAGGAAUGGGAGACGAGAAACCAACGUCAGUGGAGGUCACGUCUCCGAUCUUCCCCCACGCUGGUAAGAGCGUUCAAGGACAAUGCUACUCGUCCCUUGCCCGACGCUGCCAUCGCUCCCCACCGCAACCCCAACCCGAAGGAGAAGGAGGGCGAAGUAUGGGAGCUACGCACGUUCCUAUUUCGACUCAACUUCGAGCGGCUGGCGGCGGCGCAGUUGCCCAGCCUGAAAGCAGCCACGACCGACGCAGCCAAGGGCGCCAUAUGGGCCGGCCUCCGGGAUCGCAUACGCCGAGUUUGGGGUCAGGGAACAUCGCACUACCCAGCAGUCGGAGAGCCGCGCUACCUGGACAGUGAUGACGACCUGGUCCGGAUGAGGUACUGGUUCGCGUUAGGACGACUGAUGAUCGAGUGGAACGUGAGGGACGACAUCGCGCAAGACUUGCAACUCGCGAUGGGGGGCACUGUUACGGAUGCAGUAGAACGCGUCAAGUCCGCGUACACUACUAUCUACAAGAACACCUUCGGUAAUCGCGAGCCGCACGUCUUCGUAGCACGUACAUAAUUACUG